AUGAGAUAUUCCCGUUUUACAAAAUUAGGGUAUGAGUCUAGUAACAGCCUGGAGUGGAUAACCCAAGUGGUUCAUCGCCGAGUUCAACAUCUUGAUCUUCAAAGCCGAGGGGUUCCACGUCGUUUAGGUAUCUUGCCUCAAUGUGUUUAUGUGAGCAAGACAUUGGUGUCUUUGAAGCUCGUAUAUAUAUGGCUUAAAGACCCCAAGUUUGAUGUUUCUCUACCUUGUCUCAAGAUCAUGCAUCUUGAAAACAAUUAUUUCCUGAGGCCUAAUAAUACGGGUUUUGCUAUUAUGGAUUACUUGUGCGGCGAUGGUCAUUUGAUUAUGAAGAAGCUCAUCUCAGGCUCUCCCUGGAUUUCUCAAGUUGUGGGUUCUAUACUUCUAGUGGAUCGUGAGAAACAUAUAUGGUCGACGAAGAUGUACAAAACUCCUUCUCUCCUUAUUCUCCGAACGACCCUCCUUUCUAUGUUUUAUUCUAUGGUCCUGUGA